AUGCGUCUCAACGCCCACAUCGCCUCGUUGAUCCUCUCCUACAUAGCUUUCCUUGGCCAAGUCCAUGCUGAAAGCGAGGCCAUACCGGAAGAGCCAACGACCACUUCGAUCAGCAGGCCUGCAUUCACACCUACCUCGUUGAAAGCUCCGUUCUUUGAACAAUUCACAGACGACUGGCAAAAGCGAUGGACUCCCUCCCAUGCGAAGAAAGAAGACGCAAAAUCUGAUGAAGAAUGGGCAUAUAUUGGAGAAUGGGCUGUUGAGGAACCAACGGUGCUGAAGGGCAUUGACGGAGACAAAGGAUUGGUGGUGAAGAACCCCGCCGCUCAUCAUGCCAUCUCCGCCAAGUUCCCCAAGAAAAUUGACAACAAGGGCAAGACCCUCGUUGUUCAAUAUGAAGUCAAGCUUCAAAACUCCCUAGUGUGCGGUGGUGCAUACAUGAAGCUGCUUCAGGAUAACAAGAAGCUCCAUGCCGAGGAAUUCUCCAAUGCUUCUCCUUAUGUUAUCAUGUUUGGGCCUGACAAGUGUGGAGCUACAAACAAGGUCCACUUCAUUUUCAAACAUAAGAACCCUAAGACUGGUGAAUACGAAGAGAAGCAUUUGGCAAAUGCCCCAGCGGCUCGCAUUUCCAAGCUCUCUACGCUCUAUACUCUUAUCGUCAAACCUGACCAGAGCUUCCAGAUCCAGAUCGACGGUGAGGCAGUGAAGAAUGGAACUUUGCUUGAGAAUUUCGAACCUCCCGUCAACCCUUCAAAGGAGAUUGAUGACCCAAGUGACAAAAAGCCAGAGGACUGGGUUGAUGAGGCGAAGAUUUCUGACCCGGAAGCAAAGAAGCCUGAAGACUGGGACGAAGAUGCCCCCUUUGAAAUCGUUGAUACCGAAGCCAAGAAACCUGAUGACUGGCUCGAGGAUGAACCAACUACAAUCCCCGAUCCAGAAGCCCAGAAGCCGGAGGACUGGGAUGACGAGGAAGAUGGCGAUUGGUCUGCUCCAACUAUUCCAAACCCUAAGUGUGAGGAAGCCUCUGGCUGCGGGAAAUGGGAGCCUCCUAUGAAGAGAAAUCCUGACUACAAGGGCAAAUGGGUUGCACCUUUAAUCGAUAACCCAGCAUACAAGGGCGCAUGGGCUCCUAAGAAGAUCCCCAAUCCCAACUACUUUGAAGACAAGAGACCUGCCGACUUCGAACCAAUGGGUGCUAUUGGCUUUGAAAUCUGGACAAUGCAAAACGACAUUCUUUUUGACAACAUCUAUAUUGGCCACUCCAUCGAUGACGCUAAGAAACUUAAGGCCGCAACAUUCGACAUCAAACAUCCUAUUGAAGUCGCUGAGGAAGAAGCUUCUAAGCCCAAGGAAGAACCGUCCACUGAUGACUCUGACCUUAGCUUCAAGGAUGACCCAGUUAAGUUCAUCCGAAGCAAAGUUGAUAACUUCAUUUCUAUCGCCAAAGAAGAUCCUGUCGAGGCUGUUAAGGCUGUUCCUGAAGUAGCAGGUGGAUUGGGUGUCCUUCUCGUCACUUUGAUCCUCGUUGUCUUCGGUGCCAUCGGUAUCAGCAGCCCUGCACCCGCACCAGCCAAGAAAGAUGCUGGAAAGGCUAAAGAUAAAGCUAAAGAAAAAGCUGCCGAAGCCGUCAGCACCGGAGCCGAAAAUGUCAAGGCUGGAGCGACGAAGCGAACCAAGUCGAGCGAGUAA